AAACAAAUAAUUCACAAUAAUUCACAAAUAGACGCACGUCUGAGAACGGCAACCAACGAAAACGUAAGCAACUGGAUGUUACAACAGUAGACAGUAGAAAGCAAGUUUCAGAAAAUGUCCCCACUGAUGAAAAAAAAUAUUAUCGUUUAAAUCUUCUCAACUUAAUUGGAACCAUGUCACAGAGAACAUGAUCAAGGUAUAUAACUUUAUAAGGCACAAGGAAAGGUAAGCUAUCUGCUGGCUCAACACUUUAAAAGCCCAUCAGUAAGUACUAAAGAAGAAUGGUCGCCAUCAUAUUGUAAAAUGAAAUGAUUAAAGGAACAUUAACAAUCGCUGAAUAAACGUUUAUUUCGGACAUGAUCGGUGUUUAGGUAUCAGACAUUUGUGAUCAUUUAUGUUGAUGAAAAUAUUCAUUAAUAGUUGAUGGUAUCUGGGCACCGUGGUCAAACUGGACUUCGUGUGAUGUCUCCUGUGGCAACGGAACUCAGGCACGGACUCGCAAGUGCUCAAAUCCGGCGCCAUCAAAUGGAGGCGCUGACUGCAUUGGACACGAUGCUGAAAAUGUACAAUGCAUAAGAGACUUGUGUGCAGUGAAAACUGUUACGGACAGUCACAUGACGAACGGAUAUGUCUACAGAAAGCUUGUAGAGAUGGCAGAUGGUCAAACUGGGAACGUUGGUCUACCUGUAGUCUUACAUGUGGUGGCGGCAUACAGACACGGUCAAGGUCAUGUACAAAUCCUAAACCAUCUGUUGGGGGACAAUAUUGUACUGGCGAUCCACUACACGUACAGUCAUGUAACAUCUCAAGAUGUCCAAUUGACGGUAAUUGGACGCACUGGUCUACCUGGUCUUCUUGCGACGUCUCUUGUGAUAACGGGACUCAGAUACGGACUCGAACAUGUACACAUCCUCCAUCUGCAAAUGGAGGAGCUGACUGCAUUGGACAAAAUACUGAGCAUAUGCCGUGUAUCAAGGACUUAUGUCCAGUUCAUGGUGGUUGGACGACAUGGUCUGGUUGGGGUUCCUGUUCGUCAACGUGUGACUUUGGUAUCCAGAGACGUAAUCGUUCAUGUUCAAAUCCGUACCCCUCUAGUUUUGGAGAACAUUGUUUUGGAGAGUCACGUGACGACAGGGUAUGUCUACAACCAGCUUGUUCAAACGGUGGAUGGACAAACUGGGACAGCUGGUCUGCUUGUAGCAUGACUUGUGGCGGAGGAAUGCAGUCAAGAUCAAGGACAUGCACGAAACCACGACCCUCUGUUUUAGGUCAGGAUUGCAUUGGCAAUCCUUGUGAGACGAAAACAUGCAACAGUGAAAGAUGCCCUCCCGUCGUGUCUGCAUUUUCCGUAGACACACCUCUCUCCUACAGCAGAUUCAACGGCACAAAUAAACUGACAUUCUCCCAUGUUAUUUACCAACAUGGUGGCGAUUUCAGUUUGGCAACAGGAACUUUCAUGUGUUCUAAGCCUGGAGUCUACCCUUUCAUAGUCACUUUAGUAAAAAAACGAUCAAGCGCACGUGUCGACCAAGUGUAUUGUGACUUAAAAAAUGACAGGUCUCAAAUUAUUCAUAUUCAGGUCGACCCAACAGAUGACGACUCAGAUAAAGGAAGCGCUGCUAUAACAGAAUCUGCUAUUAUUCAUUUAAACAGAGGAGGCACGAAUACCUUCAACGACGAGGAUUAUUCCGACGUUAAGGAUAAAAUCAGUGAGGUAGCCUCUACAAUGCCGGAAGUUAGCUGUGAAGCCCAAGUUGAAGUCCCGCCGAUAGUGAACCAUGACAGACGCAAAAUCAGACGUAGUCCUUUCCUAUCAGUUCUAUUGGGUCUCUUAAUAUUCAACCACCUGGGAUGUUAUGCACUGGAAUGUUACAGCUGUCAAUCGGUUAGAGGUGCACAUAACUGUAACAAAACAGUACAUUGCAACUCGGGUGAGUCAUGUUCAAUGGUUUCAGCUCAACCAACACUACAGGGGACUAAUCAAUUUAGUAUGGGAUGUUUAGAAAACCAGAGAUGUGGAAUUGCAAGCACAGCUGGUAUACCAGUAGGUAAAAGACAAACAAACUGUGAUGAAUGCUGCUCGUCUGAUCUCUGCAAUUCUAGAUUGUGUUCACAUUUACAACCAACUGUAUGCGUUGAUGAUUAUAGUGAGGACUGUGCCAGACUUCAUUCUCUGUUUCAAAUAUGUAAAGAUAUAGCACAUGCUAAGCUGAUCUGUCCCAAAUUUUGUGGUCUGUGUAAUGUGGUCGACGGCAACUGGGCUCAUUGGUCUAGUUGGACUUCGUGUGACGUCACUUGUGGUAAUGGGACGCAGGUACGGACCCGAACAUGCACUGAUCCUGCACCCGAACACGGGGGAGCUAAUUGUACAGGCCAGCAUUCUCAGACCAUGCAAUGCACAAAAGAUUUGUGCCCAGUUCAUGGAGGCUGGUCGACAUGGUCGGACUGGGGUUCCUGCUCCUCGACAUGUGACUUUGGCAUCCAGACACGAGAUCGUUCAUGCUCAAAUCCGUACCCAUCACUCUUUGGAAAUCAUUGCUUCGGAGAGUCACGUGACGACAGAAUAUGUCUACAGCAACCUUGUGCUAAUGGCGGAUGGACAGAUUGGGAAAACUGGUCUACAUGUAGUGUGUCUUGUGGUGGAGGAAUACAGUCAAGGUCAAGAUCAUGUACUAACCCUAAACCCUCUAUUCUUGGACAAUACUGCAUUGGUGAUGAACAGCAAACACAAACAUGUAACAACACAAGAUGUCAACCGCUCGUCUCUGCCUUCUCGGUCGACCAUCCUUACAGCUACAGCAAUUUCAGCGGUACUGCUAAACUGACAUUCAAUAACACAAUAUACCAGCAUGGCGGGGACUUCAAUAGAUCAACUGGGACUUUCACCUGCUCCAUACCUGGAACCUACCACUUCUCUGUCACACUUGUGAAGAAACGAGCAGGCACAAGAGUGGAUCAAGCAUUUUGUACUCUUUACAAAGAUCAAUCAACUUUAAUUUAUCUAAGGAUCGACCCAACAGACGACGAUACAGACAAAGGAAGCGCGGCAAUAUCUCAGUCAAUUGUAACCCACCUUAACAAGGGCAAUACCGUGUACCUUGGUUCUUGUACUGGUCCAUUACCGAACACUUACAUGGAGUAUCAUUCGUCCUUUACAGGAUUCCUUCUCUACCCUGACAAUAUUAGAAUUUUAUGUAAUGAUAUGAACAUUCUUUCAGGUAUGUUAAACUUAUCAGUUACAAUAUUGGGUUUAUUUUAUCUUCGUGUAACUUAUAAAUCACAUGUAUUCGUCGUACUUGUUUGUUUAAUUAUGGAAUUACAGGACACAGCAUCUAGUGAUAAUCGUGCUAGUAAGCCUGGAAUUUAUGAGAAUACAGUCGUUAGUAACGCAAGUGUGGAACUCACUGAACGUCAACAUACACGUCAAACCGAACAAGAAGAGGGACAGUAUGAGCAAUUAAGGAUAGAAACGAAAUCUGAUGACAGAGAAAAGAAAGACACUGAACGUGAUAAAAAUCGUUUAAAAUGUGUAAUCUAUGUAACUGUCGCAAUGCUCAUCGUACUAUACAUAAUAGUGAUUAUUACAAUAAUCAUUCUCGCUAGACAAACGUGGCAAGUUGAUGGUAUCUGGGCACAGUGGUCAAACUGGACUUCAUGUGACGUCACUUGUGGUAACGGAACUCAAAUGCGGACUCGAACAUGUGCAAAUCCGGCGCCUUCAAAUGGGGGAAAUGACUGCAUCGGAAACGAUGUUGAAAAUGUUCCAUGCACAAGAGACUUAUGUGCAGUAGAGAGUGGUUGGGCGACUUGGUCUGAUUGGAGUUCUUGUUCUUCGACAUGUGAUAUUGUUAUUAGAGUGCUAAGUUCACGUGUGUUAUAUAGUAGAAAUGGCGAAUGGGCACAUUGGGAAGGCUGGUCUACAUGUAGUGUGUCUUGUGAUGGUGGAAUACAGUCAAGGUCAAGGUCAUGUACUAACCCUAAACCCUCUAUCCUUGGACAAUACUGCAUUGGUGAUGCACAGCAAACAAAAACAUGUGACAGUACAAGAUGUCGGAAUGGCGGAUGGACGAACUGGGGAAGCUGGUCUACAUGUAGCCAAACGUGUGGUGGUGGAAUAUAUUCAAGGUCAAGGACAUGUACUAACCCGAAACCAUCUGAUGGCGGAGAAUAUUGUAUCGGGAACUCACUUCAGACUCUAUCGUGCAGCACGAAACGAUGUCCUCCGCUCGUCUCUGCCUUCUCUGUUAGCAAUCCUUACAACUACAGCAGUUUCCAUGGCACUAAGAAACUAACAUUCUCCCACACCAUAUACCAGCAUGGUGGGGACUUCGAUAAAUCAACCGGGACUUUCAUCUGCUCUAUACCUGGAACCUACCAUUUCUCUGUUACGCUUGUGAAGAAACGAGCAACCACAAGGGUGGAUUAUGUAUUUUGUCUUCUCUACAAAAGUGCAUCAGAUUUGAUCAAUAUUAGUGUCGAUCCAACAGACGAUGAUACAGACAAAGGAAGCGCGGCAAUAUCCCAGUCGGUUGUAAUUCACCUUUACAAGGGCAAUACCGUGUACCUGGGUGCUUGUAAUGGUCAACCGAGUACUUAUAUGGAGUACUGGUCCUCCUUUACAGGAUUCCUUCUCUAUCCUGACAAUUAGUUUCAUAACAAUGAAAUUAUCUGAUUAUUGAUUUAUACUUGGAGAAAAAAUGAGUUAUGUUUGUGCAUCAAAGGACGUGAAUAAAAUUUAAUGAUUUCGUAAAUGACAGGUCACUUUUGUUCGUUUAUAUCUCCACCUGUGUCAUGUUCUUAAACGAGUGGGUUGUUUUUGUAUGUUUGUUUGUUUGUCAUUAUUUUCCUUUUAACGUCUUUUCAUAAAGAUUAAUCCUAUAAUAAUUUUGAAGAGAUAGAUAUUUGUGUAAGCAGUCCAAAUUAUACAAAUACAUUAAAGUAUUGCUUGAUUUUUGAUCUAAUAUUUCUUCUCUGGCCGUGUUAUCCUUACACAAUAGUAUUCAAUACACAUGCAAUAGCACUUGACUUUGGACGGAACCAAUGUGUAAAUAGUAAAACAUAUCUGCUGCACAUGUAUACGCACUGAGGGAUAUACUUAGUACAUUUCAUAUUGAAAAUAAUGUUUCACUAGUUACAGUGCGUGAAGCAGAAGCAUUACGAGAAUGCAUGGGGCUGGACCUAGCUUCCUUCCCGUGGGUGACUUUCUUUUAAACUGGUCGUAUGUACACAUGUAGCCAUAUAUAUUUUCCCUGUUUUUUGUUAAUGUUGUUGAUGUUUCUUUUUUGUAUUGAAAAUUGGAGAUAUUGCUUACUUUUAUAUAUUUUUCAUCAUAGGUAAAGAAAACAGACUGUCUGUGCAUGUGUAGGUAAAAUAUAAUAAUUUAUAAUCGAUUUAAAGUGCCCAUGUCUAAAUGAAGGAAAGUGCAGAUUUUUAUUAAAAAAAGAAUCAGCAUACUGAUGCUGUUGCGUUGUUAAUUUAUUUAAAAUUGAUUAUUUACAAAUAUAAUUAUUAUGUUUCAAGACAUAAUAUUUCUAUAUCUCUGUUACAUGAUGUCAAAUAUGCCAUCCAAUAAGAAUGCGUUAUAUAUCGAUGUUAAUAGAACUAACCCGUCAUACGUUGGUCACCAAGGAAUUAAGAAAGUGCGACCUAUUUUUGAACGUGAUAUUAUUGAAGAGCUUUUGAAAGCGUAGAACGUAUCCAAGCAAAUAUUAGCAGACUCGUUCGAAGGAAUCUGUUAACAUGUAUUCAAAAAGUACGUUUAUUAAGUACAGUACCUAACUGCGAUAAAUUAAUAAAAUUAUAGAAACAAAGGCUUCCUGAAACGGAACAUGAAAUCAAUAGUUCUAGAACACGUAAUAACAUAUCUUUGACAACAUUCAAUACACGGGUCGCGUCUGGUAAUCGACAAGAAGAAGAUACUUUUAAAUCAGUUCUUUAUGCCUAAGGAUACAACUUUAUGCCCAUCUUUAUCCAGCUGAAAGAAAAUGGUGCUCAAACGUUACUAACAUAUUUGCCAGCCUUUUAAUAAGCUGAAAGAAAAUAGAAAAGACAUAUUUUUAACUCGUCAUUGUCUUUUAGUCGUCGAUUUUCAUUCUUCCAUCA